CUAAUACUCGUUUAGUAACCCUGCCCAGCUGCUGACCUUGCUCAGCCACCGAACAGGUAAUACAGGUGAGACCGCGCUGUACAGAUUUUACCCGCAUAGGCUACACACUGUCGUCGUCGACAGAAAGCAAAACAGCCACAACAAACCUCUUCAGUAUCAGGAAGGUAACCUUUCCAGUUCUCUUUUGAACGAAACAUCGCAUUUGAACAAGAACAGAAGAGUAACGAUAAGAUGUCUGCCCCCCUCGUUCCAGACAUGCCUGUGCCAGUACCUAAACCACGGACACGCUACAAGCGGGCUGGAGGGAGCCCACAGAUCCAGCUCUCUUCUGAUCGGGAUUUGAUACAUGAUACACCUGGUACAGGAAGUCAUAGCAAAGGUAUUCCACCCCCAAAUGAUUUGCUGGCAGAAAAGGAAGACAACCAUGCCAUUAUCCUAAAUAAGCCUGCCAUUACCAGCCCAGCGGAGCAGAAUCCAAGCCAGUGUAACUUCCUUCUCUUCAGAUCUGAUUCUGGAGUGACUCCAUCUUGCCCAGUACUGGACAGUAAUGAGCCAGAUGGACUCCUUGACAGAUCUGUCUGGUUGUCCUUCUCUCCACACAGUCCGGCUGCAGAUACUGACCCCUACGUCAGUCCUGCUGCGGAUACUGACCCCUACGUCAGUCCGGCUGCAGAUACUGACCCCUACGUCAGUCCUGCUGCGGAUACUGACCCCUACGUCAGUCCGGCUGCGGAUACUGACCCCUACGUCAGUCCUGCUGCGGAUACUGACCCCUACGUCAGUCCGGCUGCGGAUACUGACCCCUACGUCAGUCCUGCUGCGGAUACUGACCCCUACGUCAGUCCUGCUGCGGAUACUGACCCCUACGUCAGUCCUGCUGCGGAUACUGACCCCUACGUCAGUCCUGCUGCGGAUACUGACCCCUACGUCAGUCCUGCUGCGGAUACUGACCCCUACGUCAGUCCGGCUGCGGAUACUGACCCCUACAUCACUGACGUAGCUGACUGGGAAAAAUGCCCUGGAUCUGGAUCUGAAUCGUCCAAUGAUGACGAUGCCGUUCCUGAAGAAAUAAAGAUCCCGUCCCACAUGAACAAUGUGGCGUCAGGGCAUGUUUGUAUUGGUGUUGUCCCCAGCGGGAAACCUCCUGUGGAAAAGGAGUCUAUGCAGACCAGACCUCUCAAACAGAAGAUCCCACGUGCGGCCACCAUCCGUGUCAGCAGGAGAAAACAGGCAGCAGCGAGCGGUGGUGCUACCCAGGCAGCAGAGUCCUCUUGUAGGGAGAAUGUGGUGUCCCGAUCCAGCUGGCUAGAUGUAUGGAAGGGCCGCAGGCACAAUGUUCUGUGGGCCACCCUGGAUGGACCAUUGGUAUCACUUUGGAAGAAACGCACAGACAAGUUCACAGACCUAGUGUUCCAUGUGUCAAGCAUCACCAAUGUCUGCAAGCAGGACAAAGGACGCUUCUCCCUUUACUUCUGCAAAAAGCACUUUGAGUUCAUGGCGCACAACAAAGCGGUGCAGGAGGGCUGGGUGACGUCCCUCCUGUCCUCUCGUGGAUGGGACCCUCCAGCCCCUCCGGGGCAGCAUGGAGCCCUGACCAUGAAGGACCCUCGCAGCAACAGAGUGUAUGCUGCCAUCUGUGGACACAACCUAUGGAUCUACAACAAUAAAGAGGACUUCCAGUUGGGGGUUGGGCUGACCUAUGUGUCCAUGAACGUGGCUUCAGUGAAGCAGACUGGCCGUCAUAACUUCAGCCUCAUCACACCGUACAAAACCUUCAAUUUCUCCACAGACUCGUCGAAGGAGCUGGCUGUGUGGCUGGGGAGUCUGAACCAGGUGAUCCUCAGUGCCCUGUCAUGCAGCGAGGUGGCCCACCGACUCUGGGCCAGUCCAUGGAACAAAGUGUGUGCCGACUGUGGCAGUGCCAACCCCGAGUGGGCCUCAGUUAACCUGCUGGUGGUCGUCUGUGAGGCCUGUGCAGGUCAGCAUCGCUCUUUGGGCAUCCAUGUCUCCAAAGUGAGAAGCCUGAAGUUGGACAGUAAAGUGUGGACCGAACCUCUGAUUCUGCUAUUUGUCCAUUAUGGGAACAAAGCAGCCAAUGAUGUAUGGGGUCACAACGUACCGGGUGCAGAGCAGAUCCUGCCAGACUCCUCUGUGGAUCAGAGGGGGGACUUCAUCAGGGCCAAGUACACCAAGGGCCGAUACAGAUUCACCCAUCCUCUAGCCUCCAGCCAGAGACUGCUCAACCAGAGGCUGUGUGAGGUGGUGUGUGGCCCUAAUGUCCCAGAGACCAUGUCAUUGCUGUGCUCGGGGGCCCGGGUCCUGUGCCACUCAGGGGACUCUCAGUGCCCCACGCCCAUUUCCCUGGCAGAGCGGGCUGGACAGGCCAUGCAGACGGAGCUGCUCAGACACAACGAGUACACAGAUGCCCCUGCCUAUGUUCAUCAGGUGCCCAGCAGAGACUCUGCGACCUCUGACCCUCCUUCUGCUGCAGGAGAGGAGGAGCUCCAUGGGAAGUUGGAGGAGGACCGCUUCUUGUUCUCCCAGGAGAAUGACUCUGCAGCCUGUGAUGUUCUGGACCUGAGGGAGGUCGUCUCCAUUUUCCACAGCUCCAACGGAUCGACUCAUGAGUUUGAAAUGGUGACUCUGACGGACCAGUUGGUGUGCUAUGCUGACACCGAAGAGGAUCUACUGAAUCACCUGCUUCAUAUUCUCAGGGUGGUGUUGCCCGGGCCCAUAGAUGAGGAGGAGCUGGACGGGGUGUUUGCUGUGUCCCGGGUGUCUCUGAGGGAGGGAGGAGGCCUGCAGCACACUGAGGUCUGGGCAGUGCUCCGUGGAGGUCAGGUCCUCGUCUAUCCUACUGACCAGCAGCGCCACAGAGAGAGGCUAACACUCAACCCUGAGACUCAAUACAAGAUAGAUUCCUCUGAGAACACCAUAGAGCUGGUCACUGGCGAGAGAACCAUGUCCAUGCAGUUUGAACGAGACCACAGCUGUCAGUCCUGGCACAGCCUACUGAAACGGGCAGUGACCACAAAGAGGAAGCAGCGCCCAUCACUGUACCAGCUGCCACCCAACGCCAUUGGCAAUGUGCCCCCUGCCAUUGAGAGGUGUAUCUCACACAUCACACAAUAUGGCCUGAAGGUGGAUGGGCUGUACCGGCGCUGUGGCUUGGCCACUAAGGUCAGCAGUCUGGUGGAAGCCCUCAGCAGAUCACCUAAAACUGCCCCUCUGGAGAAAGAUGAACAGGGUCUCCUUGACGCUGCAGGGGCCCUGAAGCAGUAUGUCCGCCAGCACGUGGUGCUCAUCCCUCAGACACAAAGGGAACUGUGGGUCAAGGCUGCAGCCCACACUGAAGAGACCCUUAGACUGGCUACCUACCGCAGACUCCUGAAGAAGAUGCCCCCUGACAACAGAAUCACACUCAAUGCCCUGUGUGGACACUUCUACAUAGUUCAGCUGUACAGUGUAGAGAACCGUAUGACAGCUCAGAACCUGGCGCUGGUGUUUGUCCCAACACUGUUCCAGGAGCUGGCCAUGAACACAAACAUGGUGCGCCUCACCAUGGAACUCAUCAUCCACCACACACUCAUCUUCCUGGGUAAAGAACAAGAGUCUGACAUGGAGAGUGAAGAACUCAUAACAAAAUUAUAGAAAAAAUCACAUGUAUAUAUUUGGCUGUCAAAAAAAGCUUAUAUUGGAAAUAUAUAUUUGGUUACAUAGUGCCCCUAGUUAUAUAGUGUAGUCGUUUUCACAACUUCUUUGAACUACACAUUUAGGCCACGGACUGGAUUAAACAUCUUUAUUCUGCUACAUUCAACUUGGGUUUAUUGUCAUUUAGGUGAUGUUAAAUAAUAACAAACCAAGCUCAAAGUGUAUGUUGUUACAGUGCCUUCAGAAAGUAUUCACACCCCUGGACACAUUUUGUUGCGUUACAGACGGAAUUUAAAAUAGAUUGAAUUGAGAUUUGUUGUCCACUUUGAAUUGUAAUUUUUUUUAUGUGUAAAACAUUUAAAGCUGAAAUGUCUUGAGUCAAUAAGUAUUCAACCCCUCUGUUAUGGCAAACCUAAAUAUAGUGAACAACAAAUAUAAACGCAACAUGCAACAAUUCAAAGAAAUCAGUCAAUUGAAAUGAAUUCAUUAGGCCAUAAUCUAUGGAUUUCACAUGACUGGGAAUACAGAUAUGCAUCUGUUGGUUACAGAUACCUUAAUAAAAAAGGUAGAGGUAUGGAUCAGAAAACCAGUCAGUAUCUGGUGUGACCACCAUUUAUCUCAUGCAGCACAAUGCAUCUCCUUCACAUAGAGUUGAUCAGGCUGUUGAUUGUGGCCUGUGGAAUGUUGUCCCACUCCUCUUCAAUGGCUGUGCAAAGUUGCUGGAUAUUGAAGGGCUCUGGAGCACGCUGUCGUACCGUUGAUCCAGAGCAUCCAAAACAUUCUCAAUGGGUGACAUGUCUGGUGAGUAUGCAGGCCAUGGAAGAACUGGGACAUUUUCAGCUUCCAUGAAUUGUGUACAGAUCCUUGCGACAUGGGGCCUGCAUUAUCAUGCUGAUAACAAGCUGAGUUUUUACAGAGAAUGCAGACUGUAUUUUUUUUUAAAGCAAACCAACACCUGUUCUUAAUCAGGAAAUUAAAGGGGUUUGGGGUCAGCCAGGAUGUUCUGGAGAGGGUGUACAGCAGCUUGGUGGAGUGCCCUCAUGUUCAAUAUGACAGUAAUGAUGGUAAUCUGAGCAUGAGGAGCAAAAGCAAACUGACCAGAAUAGUAAACAGCCAGCAAAGUAAUUGGUCGACCACAGGCACAUUUGAGCAUUCUAUUCCACAAGGCAACCAAAAAGACGGCACUGGUUGUCGUUGGCAACCCCUACCACCCUCAGUUCGAGAGGCUUCCCUCGGGCCGGCGCUUCAGAAUGCCCAUGAAGAACAUGUUCAAACAUUCAUUCGUUCCUUGUGCUGUUGGACUACUAAAUGCAAAGUAAAUUGUAUUGGUGUAUGUACUUAUCUAUCUCGUGCAGUUGGGACAGUGGUCGUUAGUGAGUGAAUGUAUUAAUGUCCUCUAUGUUGUUAGUCCAUCAUGUUGCAUACAAUGACUGGUUUAAAUGUGUAUGAUGUGAGAAUGUAUGUGAUUAUUUUAAUGGAAGGUGAUGUCAAAGAAAAAUGUCCAUCCUGGAUGGAUUUUAUUCUAUUCCAAACAUGAGGUGAUGGUGGCAGAUGAAUGGCACGACAAUGGAUCUCGUCACGGUAUUGCUGCUUUCAAAAUGCCAUCGAUAAAAUGCCAUUGUGUUCGUUGUCCAUAGCUUAUGCCUGCCCAUACCAUAACCCCACCUACACCAUGGGGCACUGUGGUUCACUAAGUUGACAUCAGCAAACCGCUCGCCCACACGACGCCAUACACGUGGUCUGCGGUUGUGCAUAAUUUUUUUAAACAACGUUGGAGGCAGCUUAUGGUAGAGGAAUGAACAUUACAUUCUCUGGAAACAGCUCUGGUGGACAUUCCUGCAGUCUGCAUGCCAAUUGCACGCUGCCUCAAAGCUUGAGACAGCUGGUAUUGUGUUGUGACAAAACUGCACAUUUUAGAGUGGCCUUUUUGUCCCCAGCACCUGUGUAAUGAUCAUGCCACACCUGACAGGUAGAUGGGUUAUCUUGGCAAAGUAGAAAUGCUCACUAACAGGGAUAUAACAAAUCUGUAUACAACAUUUUGGAGAAUAAGUAUUCUGUGCGAAUGGAACAUUUAUGGUAUAUAUUAUUUCAGCUCAUGAAACAUGUGACCAACACUUUUUACAUGUUGCGUUUAUAUUUUUGUUCAGCAUAAGUUCAGGAGUACAAAUGUAGUUAACAAGUCAUAAGUUGCAUGGACUCUGUGUGCAAUAGUGCUUAACAAUGACUACCUCAUGUCUGUACCCCACACACAGAUCAUUGUAAGGCCCCUCAGUCAAGCAGUGAAUUUCAUACACAGAUUCAACCACAUAGACCAGGGAGAUUUUCCAAUUCCUCACAAAGGGCACCUAUAUGUAUAAACAUUUAAAAAGCAGACAUGUCCUUUUGAGCACAGUGAAGUUAAUUACACUUUGGAUGGUGUAUCAAUACACCGUCACUACAAAGAUACAGGCAUCCUUCAUGACUCAGAUGAAGGAAACCGCUCAGGGAUUUCACCAUGAGGCCAAAUGGUGACGUGUUAAAAAGAGUUUGAGUUUAAAGGCUGUGAUAAACUGAGGAUGGAUCAACAGCAUUGUAGUUACUCCACAAUACUAACCCAACUGUCAAGAGUGAAAAGGAAGCCUGUACAGAAUUUAAAUAUUCCAAAACAUGCAUCCUUUUUGCAACAAGGCACUAAAGUAAUACUGCAUUAAAUGAGGCAAUGAACAAGUGAAUUUAUGUUUGGGGCUAAUCCAAUACCUUACAGAGCAUCUCACUCCAUAUUUUCAAGGAUAGUGGUGGCUGAAUCAUGGUUAUGGGUACGCGUGUAAUCGUUAAGGACUGGGGAGUUAAGAUACAAAAAGUAAACGGAAUGGAUAUAAGCACAAGCAAAAUCCUAGAAGAAAAACUAGUUGUCUGCUUUCCACCAGACACUGGAAGAUUCACCUUUCAGCAGGACAAUAACCUAAAACACAAAGCCAAAUCUACACUGGAGUUGCUUACCAAGACAGUGAAUGUCCCCGAGUGGCUGGAAUAGUUAAAUAAAAAUCUGUUUGUAAGUUUAUGGGAAGACCUGAAAAGGUUGUCUAACAAUGAUCAUCAACCAAUUUGACAGCACUUAGAAUUUUGAAAAAAAUAAUUGGCAAACGUUGGACAAUCCAGGUGUGGAAAGCUCUUUAGAAACUUCCCAGAAAGACUCACAGCUGUAAUCGCUGCCAAAGCUGAUUCUAACAUGUAUUGACUCAUGUAAUGUAAUUUUUUACAAAUGUUAGAAUUUUUCUUCCACGUUGACAGAGUGUUUUGUGUAGAUUGUGAACAAACAAAAAAAUCUAUUGUAAUCCACUUUAACAAAAUGUGGAAAAAUUCAAGUGAUUGUCGUAUUAUGACAUUUCUUAGAAAUAAAAUGACAAAGCAAUAAA